UCUGACGUAUUUUGUAAACAUUCCUCUCGGAUUUUGCAUUUUAUGUAAAACCGAUUUUCACAUGAUUACUAGCCAAAAUGAAGAGCUUUUCGCUAUCGGAUAUACCGGAGUUCUCUAAAAAAGAACGCAUAGUGGUCGUAGGGAUAAUAGGCAAGUCCCCGUAUCGGUAUCCAAAUAAAACUACACCGCUGUUUUCUUCAUCGGCCACCGAAGAGAAUGGCAUCGAAUGUCACUGGGAUGAGCGCCACAAUACACUGUUUCUCCACGCUGUCUCAUACCUGGAUACCAAGCAGCUUGCUACCCUCGCAGCCAGUCUCGAUGAGAACUCAAACUCCACAGAGACGGAUGCCGAUGCGUCACACUGGCUCGUGGCGGCUGGAGAGUUGGCAACAGAAGCAUGCAAGGCUAUGGCACUGAUUUUCCAUCUGUGCCACAUUGUGGUGCUGUCCUCGCCUACUCCGGUGUUUGAUCUUGGCUAUCUGCAGUUGUUUAAAGCUAUUGAUGCUUAUAGGACCGAGCUGACCACUCGCACCUCCGCCGCAGUAUCCUCUCUCGGUGGCGCCUGGGAGGCCCAUGGGCGUUCGUGCUGCCCGCGCCUCCUCUUCCACUUCCGCAGGGCUCCAAGGGCUCUGGCACGCAAUCCUGCUGGGUUGAAGCGGCUUGAGCAUGCGGUGGAGGACCAGUUGUACUUUAUAUUGAGGAAAGCGCGGAUUAUCACUAAUGUAUGCGCCAAAUCCCUCUUCGCCAUCCCGAAAAAUGAAGAGUUCGUCUACAUGAGCGCGGACGAAGCCCCCUGCGCGCGGGACGUUAGCGCCCUCGUGCGGGGGCUCGUGCGGCGCUGCGCCGGCGUCGAACCUGUGGACACAAGAUCUGAGAGAGGGGGGCUAAGGCAGUUUAUACAGGGACACGUGGAUUUGGCUUUUGGAGAGGGAUUUGAUGAUAAUGUCGGGAAGUAUGCUAUGAGCACUUCUUUCUUUGAGCUUCCGGCAGCGUCGACGUGGCGCGCCGCAGCGCAGGCGUUAGCGCCGCUGUACCUGGAGUCGCCGGCGGUCGAGGGCGGAGCCCUACACGACUCGCUCGCUACUGAUGUACGGUUCUCGCACGCGAGGUGUGCUAAGGUGUUGCCCAUAGCGCAAGCUUCAUAUGCCGAGGGUCUUCCAGCGCAUUACUCCAGUCAACAUCACGCGCAUAAGGUGAGCGUAGCACUAGGCGUGCUGCACACGAUGGCCCGCGGGCCCGUGGCAGGGGCGGCCGAGGCGCGGCUGCGGGCCGCCUGCACGGCCGCCUGGCGCUCGCGCUCCCUGUGCGAGGCGCCCUCGCUCACCGCGCACCCCUGCGUGCACCCCGAGCAUGACAACACGAAAGAGCACUCAUCAGGCGUCCGCUACAUCAGCGCGUGCAACUGCGGGCGCAGCAAGUGCUCCCGAGACGACCCGUACACCGUGAAAGCGGCCAACUGUACCUUUUACACCACCGCGGCUAUCGAGUGCGGAGUCUGCAGCACUCUGACGUCUGUGGCGUUCCCUGUGUUCACGCCAUCGACGCCCACCUACAGGGCUGCGUCAGUGAAAGCGGGUUCUCAAGAGGCGGACCCUGAACCCCGGGCCUCGGACGGCAACUCAGGCUGCUCAGGAUGGUCGGCAGGCGACGCGCUAUCGCCUGGCUCAGGGGAAGAAGAUCCUGGCCCGCAGUACUUAGUGCCCGUUCGGGAUAAUGAGAAAGUGAUAACCCGACAGCCUUCAACCACGGAGUACCUCCCCGGCAUGCUGCACACAGCCUCCCCCCCAGGGUUACUACCAGCCUUCUCCUCCUGGUCACUCGUCUGCCUCGGGGCUUCGUCUCUGUACUCGCACAGCCUGGGCCUGCCCGAGCACCUGCAGCCGGGGCUGCUGCCGCACACCAACUACCUGCUGCCGUGGGACGCCAGAGUGCGUAUGGAGCAAGUAAGCGCGUGGCGAGCUGCGCAAGCGUCAGCCCGUGGUCGUGGCAAAGCCACAGCACCUCACCACCUCACCGUCAAGAUAUUCCUGGGAUUCGAGUACGAAUGCCCAAGAGGACACAGGUUCAUGAUGUCCUCUCCCGACACCGUAGUGAACGGCGGCGGCGGCGCCUGCGGCCGCGACGCCGGCGCCGCGGGCGCGCGCCUCGCCGCCUCCGACAUGCCUUUAUACGCGCCUUGUCUAUGUCGUGGGACUAAUACUAUGUUGGCACAACUUAUGAGAGUACAUGUUGUCACUCCGAAGGCUCCGGUGCAUGUCACGUUGGAUCCUAAGGUCCAACCAGUAACAGGGGGGCCGAUCUUCGUCCCCGAGCCGGCCGGGUCGGAGCCCAUCGAGCUGUCGGGGUCCGCGUACUGGGUGCUGCGGCUCCCGUACAUAUACGCCGACGAGCGCGGCGCCCUGCCGCGGCCUCGCCAGGCCUCGGGGCUGCUGCUGGCGCCGCUGCUCGGCCUCCGCGAGUAGCGCAGGUGACACAUGUAGCGCAGGUGCCACAUGCGGGGUGCUGCGGCUCCCGUACAUAUACGCCGACGAGCGCGGCGCCCUGCCGCGGCCUCGCCAGGCCUCGGGGCUGCUGCUGGCGCCGCUGCUCGGCCUCCGCGAGUAGCGCAG